UCUGUGUGAACCGUCACUUGCGGAGUUGUUGUUGUUGACACAGCUUGCUCCUUUUUCUCAGCAGUGGAUCGGUUGAUAGUGGAAAUCAACCCUUUCUUUGCAGGUACUUUCGUUGGUAUUGAUGUCAUUUUUGCAGCUUCACUCUUUCCCGCUGAAGCACUUGUAUCGUUGAUUGUCGGUUUGGAUGUCACCACCUUCUCGUUCGAUCGAGUCUUGACGGGUGACGCGUUUCUCGGUUCCUUUUUGGAUUCUUUUGUUUUUCUUUUUGUCGUAGUAGUAGUAGUCGUCGUUGUACCGGUACUACUAUUCAUAGCGUCUUGUUGUAGUAAUUUUGGUUGUUGUUUUGGUUUUCGAUGAUUCUGCAUUCGUUCUCGUGCCUUGUCAAUGUUUCCAGAGCUCUUUUCGAUGGCUUUGAGUCCAGCCAAGAAUCCCAUAUUGGGAUUGACCUCUCGCACGGUGCGCAGUAGAUUGAGUGCAUCCAAGAGGGAAUAUUGUUGACAGGAAAUCAACCAGGCGGCACAGACGGCGGCCGAACGCGAGACUCCACGAGCACAAUGGACCAAACAGUUGCGACGAGGUCGGUCGACUGUUGUAGUAGAAGAAGUGGAGGACUUGUUGCUGCUGACAGUGUCGUCUUGCUGCAAACUUUGCGAAAUGAUGUUGCAAAUAUCCGUCAAUCGUUCCGACAAGAAAUCGGCAUGGGCCUUGUCGGGAAGAUCCCACACCACAUGUUGCGUGACGAGUGGUCGCUGAAAUUUGCGUUGUUCUUCUGCCAACGUCUCCUUGACCGUGCGAAUGAUGGAGUCGGAGGACAAGAUGGAAAUGACGGUCCAUUCUUCUGUGUCGGAGGAGGAUUGCUGUAAUUCGAAAAUCGUUCGAACCGCCGCCAUUCGUCCAAUCCAGAAUCCGGGAAUGAUCUGACCCAUGGAACGCUUCGAUUUUCGAGUCAUGAUACUACCUCAAACAAACAGAUAGACAGAAGAACACACAACGAUGCGAUAUCGAUGCCUUCCAAAGCCAACAGCUCCUGUAUGGGCAUCGUAGUGAAGAGAGAACUCUUUCGGAAGCUUGAGCUUGCUUGAGGUGAUCAGGCGGGGCGCGGCGGUCACAAAGGCCAUUAGGGUUGAGAUUUGCAGUCGCAAAUGAAACAACCGGGAACAGAAGCGUUAUGUAUCACAUCCAGAGAGUUCCAAUGGCUUCCUCUCCACGAAAGCUUCCAAAAAUGGAUGAAAACAACACGUUGCCCUCACGAUGAGUGGGUGCAUCGUGCAUCAUCGCAUCAGCUCAUUUUCCAUCCCACAUGCGUCCCGCUGGUUGGGAUUGGCAUGACUGUACAGUACAGCCCUGCACCCAGCAUUUAUAAUUGGUAUCCACAUCGCCGACACAAAAGCUGACCCAGAGGAGGAGAGAAGAGAACAAAACAACUCGAAAUAGUGUGAGAUUGAAUCAUUCCCAAGGCAGAAAGAAACGCAGAAAGAAACACACAAGCCAACUCGAACGAUAGCGGCAGCAUUCUCUUCCCAUCGACGACAAAGCCCACAACCACUACUAGCAUCUACUCCUCUGAUUGGAUUGAAUCAUCAGUCCUCCUCCUCUCCUUCUCCAGAAAUUGCGACCAUGAAAGAAGAAACCACGAGUGAUUCCACAGACCUUUCCAAUAAUGUUCCAGCAUCUACUUCCAUUCCCAGCGGAGACAACAACGAUAACAACAACAAACAUUCGGGAGGAUUCUAUUUGCGAUGGAGUCGUAUUCGCAAGACGGUCGAUGUCCAAGACAACGGCGGUGGUGGUUUGAUGCGCAGCAGUAUCGCUGGGAGACGUGCCAGUAGUGCACCGCUCAGUCGCACGUUUAGCAGUGCCGCGCUCAGUACGGCAACCACGACAAAAGAAACCAAGGACAUUCUCUGCGAAGCAUCGGGCUAUGCCGCCCCCGGCGAAGUUUUGGUGUGUAUGGGACCGUCAGGGAGCGGAAAGACCAGUUUGCUCAACUGUUUGAGUGGUCGGACAUCCUAUCAAGAAGGAACCAUUAGUAUCAAUGGAGAACGAUUGACGGGACACAAAAUGAAAAAGGUCCUCAGCAAAACGGCCUAUGUCAAACAAGCCGAUAUCUUUUUUGAACACUUGACGGUCCAAGAUCAACUCACAUACACGGCAUUGCUGCGAUUGCCAUCCACCAUGAAACGAGACCAAAAACACGACGAAGUGGCACGCAUCAUUUCUUUACUCCGAUUAGGAAAGGUGGCCGAAAAUCCAAUCUCCAUGUGCAGUGGGGGAGAAAAGAAACGAGUCAAUAUUGGGACCGAGCUCUUGACCGAUCCCAUGGUGCUCUUGCUGGACGAACCGACGUCCGGGUUGGACUCGACCAGUGCCGUUUCCUUGAUCCGGCUGCUAUCGAGUUUGGCCAGAGAUCAAGGAAAGACUGUUCUCACAACAAUACAUCAGCCAUCGUCGCAGCUAUUUCGGUCUUUUGAUCGAUUGCUCAUGAUAUCCGAAGGGCACGUGGUUUACUUUGGAACGCCCGUCGCUUCCUUGGACUAUCUACGAAAUCAGAACUUGGCGUGUCCCGAAGGCUACAAUGCAGCAGAUCAUUGGAUGGAUUUGUUGGUCAUGGAUCACGAAACCAUGAAGGAACGAGAAGGCGACGACGAAAACCAAAACAACAACAACAAUGAGCAAGGACAGGAACAAGGAGACGACAAUGGCAGCACUCAUUCGUCCCACGGUCACGGACGACGCCAAAUUCCACGACUACAACUACAAUUGGCAUGGGACAAUGAAGCUGUAGCGGAGGAAAUGGAUGCCGCCUUGAUCGACGGCGGCGACGACAAAAGUGUCAAUACCGACGCCAGCGAUGCCAACAACAACAACAACAAUAAAAAGGGACACGCCUAUGACGAUGUGAAAAAGUACAACACGUCGUGGGCAACCCAGUUUUCAGUUCUGAUCCACCGUUCUCUCAAGGGAUCGAGGUCUUCCAUCUUUACAACGCUCAACAUGAUCAAAUCGGUUGCCAUUGGUCUCGUGGUCGGCCUCAUUUGGUGGCGCAUGCCGUAUACAGAACGUACCGUCUCGGAUCGCUCUUCCUACUUUUUCUUCACAAUGGCAUUCUGGGUCUUUGACAGCAUGUUUGGUGCCUUGAUGGCAUUUCCAACCGAAAAGGUUGUCAUCUUGAAGGAGCGUGCAUCGGCAUCGUAUCAUUUGAGUGCUUACUUUUUGGCCAAAACCUGCAGUGAUGCCCCGGUACGACUUGUCUUGCCAUUCCUCUACAUGUGUUGCAGUUUCUGGAUGGCGGGUGUAGACGAACGCUUUGGAGUCUUUUUGGCUUCCACGGGGUGCACCUUGUUGAGCGUGCUGGCAGGGGAAUCCCUUGGUCUGUUGGUUGGAGCAUCCAUUUCGGAAAUGGACAAGGCAAUGACUGUCCUGACGGUUAGUUCCUUGGGACUCAUGUUGCUGGGAGGAUUCUUUGUCGAGAACAUUCCGUCCUUUGUGAAAUGGGCCAAGUAUUUUUCUCCCUUCAAGUAUGCAUUUGAUGGAUCCUUACAGUUGGUCUUUGACCGUGAUGUUCCCUGCGAUGGAAGCGGAAAACUAGAGAAUCUUUGUAACGGGUCAGACACUGGAUAUGCCAAAGCCUCGGAUGUGAUUUCGCAGACACUUGGCGUCCAAGGAAGCAUCGCUUUCAAUGUUGGCAUGCUCUUUGUCAUUGUUCUCGUGCCUCGAUACGUUGCGUAUUUGGCAUUGCGCGCUCAGAAGGGUGGAGAUCGGUCGUAGAGUUGCGAGGAACACAGAGACGGCUGCUGACAUACUGGAGCACUGUACAUACAUUUGAAAAGGACAAAGCUGGCUCGCCUUUGCUACUGUAUUUAGCACCUAACUUAAUUAAAGGCUGUUCAUACUUGCGAUCGC